AUGAAAGGAAUAGAAUAUCUUGGAGAAGCAUUAUCACUAAUAAAUGCUAUGCAGGUUUACCUCGCAGCAAAGUUUCUGAUAACAGACUUCAUUGCAAUAUUCUUCAUAGAGAGCUUUGUAUCUUCAUUGAUAAUCUUUUUACUGUCUGCUCCAUUUGUCGUAAAGAAAACAACCUUCAAGGAGGUCUCCAAUAAUCAACUGGAGUACUUCUUCUCAGGGCUUAUUACAUUUUUGACAUGUCAUGUAUGGUACAAAUGUGCAGGGAUGAUAUCUAUCAGUUUUGGAUUGGCUGCAAAGGGGCUGUGCUAUCCAUUAUCUGUGAUGCUGAUGUUUGCCAUAUCAUCUUCGAUCACUGGUAGCAUGAUGAGGAAUCUUAGCAUGGUGGUUGUCAUCUUUAUCAACAUCUUGCACUCUGUGGACACGAGCCUGGAUGGAUUUUUUGAUAUAUACUCGGGUAUUUUUUACCUGGUGCUAUAUGUGAUAUUUGCUGUUUCAUCUGACUUCAUAGCGAGAUGCAUGAUUAACAGAAACGGAAUAACAAAGUUUCUGGUUGCAAACUCGUUCUAUAUCAUAUUGUAUUCUUCCUUGCUUCUUCUCGAUCCAGAUAUAGACAAUAGCUCGGGAGUGCAAAUCUUUAUGAAGAAGAAUCCAUACACAUGCAUUGCACUUACCGCAAUGUCCACCAUUUCGAAGAUCUUGGGCCCAUACUACAUAUUCAAGCAGGGGACUGUUGCAUACAGCAACACAAGAGUAUCUACAUAUGCAUAUUUCAAUAUUAUAAAGUGCUUGGCUGAUGUAUGUGGAUUCUGGAGGCUUGGUGAGGCAAUUUUCCAUUUGAUGAUUUACCUGAUGGUGAUGUUUGUUGAAUGA